CCCUAUAUUGUCACCAAAUGAUUCAUAUCUAGGCUACGUUAAUAACGGGUGGUGUAGGUCAGCUAAACAGCUCUUUCGCUUUCACAAUGAACAUUUGGGACAUUAAGGCCUAGCAAGUGAACAGCAGUAAGUAGCUGGUUGAGCUGGUUGAGCUUUGAUUUAACUCUUAACAAUUAACGUGUCAAGUUGUGUUUGUAAAAAAUGGACAAGAUUGCGAAAGAUGUGGGUGACAUCCACUCGCGACUGCUGGACCACAGACCGGUCAUCACUGCAGAGGUCCGCUACUUUGUGAGAGAGUUUGAGGAAAAACGUGGACACAGGGAGAGCAGACUGCUGAAGAACCUCAAUAAAGUGGUCCCGGAAACAAAUGAGCAAAUGCUGCCGACAGAUCUAGAGGGCAUGCUGUCUGAUAUUGUUGAACGUUUGGAGGCUGCUAAUCACAUGGCAGAGAGAGUCCAGCAGAGGGAGAUAGAGGCACAGCAGAGCACCACGCUGCAGGGGAACAUGGAGCGUCUGAAAGAUGAGUGGGCAGAGUUUCUGAAGGAGCAGCAGAGAUUAAAGGAGGAGGUGGAUGAGGAGCACGCCAAGACUGUAGGACAACUCAGCACCCAGUACAGCGAAAAGAAGAACGACUUGUCCAAGUUUUCACCCCUCUAAUUAGUUUGUGAAGGUGUGAGUGAACAAACCUCUCUUAUUCCAUGCACACAGACGUAUGUUCUGCUCGUGCAAAACAAAGCAGUUGGCUUUGAUUGAUGAACUUGGUUGGCAUAAAAUGUAAAGGUUUUGCACAAGACUCAACAUUUUCCAAAUCGUAAAUAUUAAAGUGUGAUUAACAACGUGGAA